AUGGGGAAGCUCGAGGAUAACGAGAGGGUGAUCCUUAACGUCGGGGGCACCAGGCACGAGACCUACCGGAGCACCCUGAAAACGCUGCCGGGCACCCGGCUGGCUCUGCUCGCCUGCCAGUCCCAAGGCGACUCCCCUGGCGGCGGAGAGAAGCACCACCAGCCGCCGCUUCUCUGCGAAUUCUUCUUCGACCGUCACCCGGGGGUCUUCGCCUACGUGCUCAACUACUACCGCACCGGGAAGUUGCACUGCCCCGCCGACGUGUGCGGGCCGCUCUUCGAGGAAGAGCUGGCUUUCUGGGGCAUCGACGAGACCGACGUGGAGCCCUGCUGUUGGAUGACCUACAGGCAGCACCGCGACGCCGAGGAGGCGCUGGACAUCUUCGAGGCGCCCGACCUGAUUACCGGCGAGCCUCCUGGCGACCCCGACGACGACGAGUUAGCCGCCAAGCGCUUGGGCAUCGAGGACGUGGGUGCCCUGGGCGCCUCUUCGUCUUCCUGUGCUAACGGGUCUCCUCUUGACGGGAACGGCGGCCGCUGGAAGCGGCUUCAACCGCGCAUCUGGGCGCUCUUCGAGGACCCCUAUUCUUCCCGCGCUGCCAGGAUCCACAAAGAUUAA